AUGUAUCCAUUCUUUUUCUUUUGUAGGUGGCUGGUAUUAGGUAUUGCCAUGGUGCGGUUUUAUAUACAGAAAGGAACACAUAGAGGCUUAUUCAGAAGCGUUCAAAGGACGCUUAAAUUUUUCCAGACACUUGCUUUGCUUGAGGUAGUCCACUGUGCAGUUGGAAUAGUUCGCACAUCUGUGCUUGUGACUGGGGUCCAAGUGAGUUCAAGAAUCUUCAUGGUGUGGUUCAUUGCACAUAGUAUAAAACAGAUCCAGAAUGAGGAGAGCGUUAUUCUUUUUCUGGUCGUAUGGACUGUGACAGAGAUUACUCGAUAUUCCUUCUACACAUUCAACCUGCUCAACCAUUUGCCAUACUUCAUUAAAUGGGCCAGAUACAACUUUUUUAUCAUUUUGUAUCCUGCUGGAGUUGCAGGUGAACUGCUAACCAUAUAUGCUGCUUUACCCUAUGUGAAGAAAACAGGAAUCUUUUCACUGAGACUUCCCAACAAAUAUAAUGUCUCCUUUGACUACUAUUACUUCCUUAUUAUUGUCAUGUUCUCCUAUGUGCCAUUAUUUCCACAACUCUACUUCCACAUGUUGCGGCAGAGAAGAAGGGUGCUUCACGGAGAAGUGAUUGUGGAAAAGGACGAUUGAAUCAAGCCGUGUGACUAUGGUGCUUCUAAUGGAAAAAAAGAGGGUAAAAAAAGAAAACUUCCUGUGAUUUUUCUGAGUCCAAGUUUUAAAACAUGGAACAAGAAUAAACAACUGUGCAUAAAA